CGAGGUCAUGUGACAAACUGGGCUUCCAUCUUGCAUAGAUGUUGAUGUGACACAUUGGUGAUUAAAAACAUUCACAGAAAGAGGGGCCUGAAGCUCUUAUUUGAAAGAUGACACUUUUUAGGAAAAGAAGUGUUAAAAGCGAUCCUCAAAUGGAGUACCAAUGCACGAUCCGAUUCCUAGAUGAUUCGGAGCCCAUUCAGUUAUCUUUCAAGAAGGAUACUUUGGGUCACGUCCUGUUCGAGCAAGUAUGCAACAAGUUAAAUCUGAUGGAAAAAGACUACUUUGGUCUGAGAUAUGUGGACUCAGAAAAGCAGAGGCACUGGCUGGACCCCCUGAAGUCGGUCUACAAACAACUUAAAGGUGUUAACCCUACAGUCCUCUGCUUCCGAGUCAAAUUCUACCCUGCUGAUCCCAUGAAGUUACGAGAGGAAAUUACGAGGUACUACCUGUUCCUCCAGCUGCGAAGAGACCUCCAUCAUGGCCGACUGUUGUGUUCACCUGCUGAUGCCAAUCUGUUGGCAGCCUACAUCAUACAAUCGGAGGUGGGGGACUACGAGGCGGAGGAUCAUCCCCCAGGUUACGUAACAGAGUUCAAAAUGUUACCCAAACAGAACCCAAAGACUGAAGAACAAAUCAUGGAGCUCCACAAAACCCUGAGUGGGCAGGUCCCAGCCGAGGCUGAAGGUAACUUCCUCAAGAAGGCGGCUUCCUUGGAUACGUACGGCGUUGACCCCCACCAGGUCAAGGACCACAAAGGUACACAGUUUUACCUGGGCGUCACACACCAAGGCAUCAUGACCUUCUACGGCAGUCGGCGCACACAGCUGUACAAAUGGAAUCAGAUCCGCAGGAUUGCGUACGAGGGCAAGAUGUUUAUAGUCCAUGUCAGCAUCGCAGAGGAUGAAGAUACGACUAAUACAAAGAAGGCUCAGACGAUGGAUUCCUACCUUUGUACCAAUGCAGGAAACAUGGACGAAGAUAAGCAACAGCCGAUCGGCUACAAGUGCCAGACCGUGGGAGCGUGUAAAUACCUGUGGAGGUGUGCGGUGGAGCAGCAGUUAUUUUUCACGUUGCCUAACUCUGACAAUCCUCCCAAGCUGAGGUCAGGAGGGUCUCUGUUCUCACGGGGGUCAAAGUUUAGGUUCAGCGGAAAGUGUCAGAACGAAGCAUACAGCAACAGUGACGGUAUAAACAGGAAUGAACCGGCAUUCUCCAGGUCGUCAUCACUGCCCAACUUCGGCAGGAAGAGUGACAGCAAGGCCUCCCUGAAGAACUCCUCGGUCCUGGCUGACACUGUAAAGGAAGUGCAACCUCUGCCCAUUCUUGAGCUGAGAUCAGAUAAGAAACGUUAUCAGGAGUCUGCUGUAGACGUGGAAGGAUUGGAUACCAAUGUGGAGACUAUUCCGAUCAGCCCCAUCGUCAAGGCACCCGUCGCCGUGGAAGAAGACGUGACUAUUGUGGAGACGAUAGAAGCCGUACAGGCAACAGUACAGCAGUCCCCAGUGAAAGUCAACGGCGUGAUUCCAUCGCUAGUCAGCCCCGAGGCAGCCGAGGAUGAGCUCCCGAUCUACGAACCAAAUCUCAGCCUUAUUGAGGAUGAGAUUAUAGAGGACAGGAAAGAUAAGGAUGAGGUCGACCAGCAAGAGGAGGAAGAUUCUGCUCCCAAGAUGAGUCUUGACGAACAGAUUAGAUCUCUCGAGGAGGAAAUCUUAAGGAAGGAUAGUUUCUCAAAGACCAACAACCAUGUUGAAGCAGAGGUGUCUGGUCCUGUCCUUACAGAGACUGUAGAGCCACAAAUGAAUAACAAGGUUGGAUCUGCACCACCAUCAAGUCAAGCUGUCGACUCGUCAUUGACCAAUCACAGCCAGGCUACUCCGGACAGCCCUGUUGUCCCCAAAAAAUCAGGUCCGUCCUGCUGUGCCAUGUUCAUGUUUACGCUCGUGUUUAUUGUGUUGACUCUGGCCAUUGUCGCCAUAGUGAUCUACAACUCCAACAUCAACCAUCCAAUCGCCAAACAGCUGAAGCAGCAGAUGAAGUUCGUUGAACCAGUAAGAGAUUACAUUUCACACCGAGUACAAUCCAUAUUUAAAUCGUAGACUCAUUGUACAUACGAUCGCUGUGGAGCACAUGACAUACUUGUAACCUGCACUGAGAUUUCGAUGGUGGCAUUACUUAAUAUCGAUACAAUACCUACAACUUCAGUUCUCAUUGAAGUAGUAAUUUAACAACAACAUUACGGGGUACUUUGCAUUUAAUUCUGUAAAUCGGCGUAGGUUUGAAACUGAAGCAGGGUAAACUGGAUGUAGAUAACUUUUCUUCUACCAUUAAAAUAUGAAUACACGUAUCCUGUAACAGAAAUACUCGGCAUUUAAAAGUAAUUUCUUUAAAAUAUUGAUCAGAUUCCUUAUGCUGGCAUGAUAUGGUGAAGCUUAUGAAAUCUGUACCGUUUCCUCGUUGCCUAUACCCUGUAAUACUAACACUGUAUAUCAAUAGAAUUAUAGCAGUGCCAGGACUGGGGAAGUCUCAGUGUGGGCUAGAUGGCUAAGGGUAAUGGACUAUUUGUGUACGUUGGUGUAAGGGAACUUUUUCUUCAUUUCGAUAAGGUUAAGAUUUGAUUAUAAUCUGUAGAUAAUAUUAUGUCAUUGAUUGGAGAUUACAGCUGUAGCCCAUUAACUGGUCAAACAGUUUUAUGAAAAUAUUUUAGGAAUAAGCAGAACUUUUACAAUGAUGUGAGACGAUUUAAGAUUUUUUGGAAAAUUUAUUUGAUCUUAUGCAAACAAAAACAAAAAUAGAUUAAAUUUUGAUUUAUUAACUUCAAUUAACAUAAUUGACGGGGAUUUUUUUCUCAUGCCAAGAAAUAUCUUAGAAAUUAAUUACAUUUAUACAUGUAGAACUGUUUCUAAAUGACCAGUUCUGAUUGUCUUAUUGAUCUGUUUUAAUCUUCGACUCGUAUUUACAAAAUUUACAUAUUUUUAAAAUAUUCUUGUCAUAUUAUGAAACAAUGGCCUUUUAAGCCCAUUGUAACUUGUAGACAUAUCAGAAAUUACAAAUUUCAGUCAUAUACCAUAUGUAAUACAAUUACCAUAUAAAACAUUUAUUUACACAUUGUAUAUUUAAUCUAUGACAUUUUGUAAUAUAAUCAUACACAAAUCUUCAUUAUUCAUUUAAAUUUUUCUCUCAAAAUUUUGAUACAUAUCUUUUAUGUUAAAUUGGUUUCUUGUUGUGUUGGUAAAUCUAUAAAGGCCAUAUAUAUACUGCAUGUUUUUCAUGAACAAUUAUUAUAUAUAUUUACUCAUUGCUGGAGAUGAACAAUUCAGCCUUAAAAAUCGUCGACUCAUGCCUGUGUCAUUUUCGACAUGUUGUUGUGUGUUUUGUUUUCAUACAAAAAGUUAUCAAAUUUUUGUAAGCAGCAGGUGUUUGCGCUUAACAUUUACAUGGUUUUGAGGACAACAUUUGAUAAAAGAAGGAUUUGAAAUUAUGCAAUUAAUGUUCACAGUAAGACUUGAUAGUGUUUACUUUCAUUUAGAAUCACACACAAAAUGGUUGAUUUUCAUGACCACUUGUGGAAAAACAAGAAGAAAAUCACUAGAAGUUUCAUUUCCCGAGAUUUUGUCAAGAUUUAUACUUAAAGUUAUAAUUUCAAAUUUCAUUCUUUCCCUAUUGUUGUCUGCUUGGGGUAUAGUCAUUUCUAUUCUGGUAGAAGUAGUGGAUCUAGUUUAUAUUAACUUUUUUUCCUUGGGAGGAAGUGGCGGUGUUGUGAACCACCCUGAAUCCAUCUCUAUUAAGGUGGGAAAAGUGGAACUUUCAAAGUUAAUGAUCAGAUGCAGCUACAGUUAUCUCCCUUUAUCUGGUUUUCUGUUACAUAGCAGCAGGGUUACAGGUUAACCCUUUCACCACUAUAGAUCAUAAUGGACUCAUCCAAAUGAAUGUAUGGUAGAGUCUACUCAAGUUACCUAGGGAUGAAAGGGUUUAAUCUAUUUUUAUUUACCUACAAAAUGUUCCUCAGAUAUCUCCUUAGAGUCAACAUGAUGUGUCAGAUAUUGAUAGGAGACUUAUCUAUGUUUGAUGUUUGCUUGAAUGAAAAUCUCCAAUAGGAAGCAUUCACUGAUCACACCUUAUGAUCACACCUUAUGUUCACACCUUAUGGUAAGCCAUUGUGAAAAGACAAUUAGUUUGUUGUUGGAAAGUUUUUACCAUUUUUUUUAUUUCAUUAGCCAUAUAGAUCAAUAUUUUCUGCAUAUAUAGUACUGGCUUCGAUACUGGUGCUUAUACAAUUUGUGGCAACCAUAAUAGAAAAUGACACCUAGAAUGUGGUAAAGUCUAGAAUUGUUACAUGACAAAGUAGACAGCCAAUAUAUCAUUAGUUUGUGAACCUAAUGUUGAGGUCUAGUUACCACAUUCCUUCCUAAAUCAAACUUGUUUUAUCAUCAUUAGUCCUAAUCAUCCGCUGUGACCAUAAUCUCAAUGCUGAACUGAUUUGUUUGGUUUUUCGUUUUGUUUUGGAUUGAGAUAUGUUAGGCUAUAACUUUCAUGUACCUCGACACACUGUUCACAAUGAAUCCCUGUCGAUAAGGACAACCUGUAUACAAUGACACCCUAAGUACAGCUACACAUCUUCAAUUGUUGUACCUUUAAAUUUGCUUAUGAAAAAAACCUUUUGCAAUUGGUUAAGACGGUUUUAAGCCAUUAAACAUGUAAUUUAUUUUUCAUAUAUCAAAGGAAAGAUAAAGAUGACCAUGAUCAAGAUUGUCUCGUAAAAAUGAUUGAUGACAUGGUGCAUGUUUAUUCGGUGACAAGAACGUACCCUGACAGAUACCAGACAAUGGUUCCCUAUAGAUUUACAUAUGAUUUACAUAGGUAUAGCAUAACGUUGUAAUUACUGUAUUUUACUGGUGAAAAGCCUAUGCCUGGUAAUAAGCCCACCCCCCACUUUUCCAAACUUUCCGUGCAAAGGGUGGGUGCCCGGUAAAUAGCUCAUGUCCCUAUAACCCAAAGGUUAAUCUCCAUCGAAUUCAUAGUGCUGUGAAUGCAAUAUUUAAUAUCUUAAUAUUAGGCUUGUGCAAUGAGAAUGGGAAUAUAGGUUAGUGAGGUUGUUAUUGUGAUGGUAUAUAGCUAAAGUCAGUACUGUGAUGCUCUACAGCUAAAUAUUAUUUAUUCAUUACUUAAAUGUUAUACAGCUAAAUUCAAGCAAAGUAGUUCUUCUAGUUAUACGAAUGGGAAACAGGUGGAUCAUUGUGGACAGUGUGUCGUGGAACAGACGUGGAUCAUUGAUGUAGUGUGUCAGGGCACGGGGGGCCCCACAGUGAGAUAGAUCAAUGUUGUCUCCAAUCUCAUAAGGCCCCACUUCCACAGUCUUACAGCUAGUAUUGCACUUCCUCUAUCAGUGUGGUAUCCUAAAAGUUUUAUGAUUAUUGAUCAGGUACAUGUAUCUUACCUCGAUGCACCUACUAUUUACAAAUGCAAAGGAGUGAACUUCAGGAUUAUCAUCCAUGUGCUGCUAAAUUUCAUUUUCAUCAAAAUAUUUUUUUGGAAAUUCACAUUCUCAAAACAGCAGAAAACACUAUGUUAGGUUAUUUGUGAAGAAUGUGCUAUAGUUAAAUAAGAAAAACAACAACAACAGUUUUGUAAACAUGUAUUUGUGAAAUGAUGAGUAUUUACAAAUAGACUCUAACAUAACAAUUUGACUUAAAAUUAUUUUAAAAAGAAAUGUCCUGCUGCUUUGAAGUAGGUAACUAUAGAGGUUACCUUUAAAAUUCAACUUUACAAUGGUUUGACGAGAUAUGAUUAAGAAUCAAUUAUAGCUGUGUUUUCCAAAAGAGUAAUCUAUCAAGCAUCUUUAUGACUCUGGUAAAUCAAUCGGUGACACAGUUGAAAGGUAUACAAAGAUACUUGUCUUGAUGUUACUAAGCCACGAUUGAGGUGUUGGAUAAAAAAAAAAAAAAAAAAGUUUAAAGGAA